CAAGAUAUGUCUGACAAUAACUGCUCAACUGUGACUGAAUUCAUUAUUUUGGGGCUAACAGAUGAUCCAACUCUUUGUGUCAUCCUCUUUGUGAUAUUUCUGGGUGUCUAUGCUGUCACCUUAGUUGGUAACCUUAGCAUAAUCAUAUUGGUCAGAAAUACCUCUCAACUUCACACUCCAAUGUACCUUUUCCUCAGCCAUUUGGCUUUUGUAGAUAUUGGAUAUUCCUCAUCUGUCACACCUCUCAUGCUCAUCAACUUCCUUGAAGAUAAGAACGCAAUCCCUUUGGGCGGCUGUGUGGCCCAAAUGUGUUCUACGGCCACCUUUGGGACCACUGAGUGCUUCCUGCUAGCUGUGAUGGCCUAUGAUCGCUAUGUGGCCAUCUGCAGCCCCCUACUCUACUCCACCAACAUGUCCACUAAGGUCUGCAUUUUGUUACUCAUCAUAUCUUAUGUGGGUGGUUGUGUGAAUGCUUGGAUUUUCACUAGUUUCUUAUUGAAUCGGUCUUUCUGUGGACCCAAUGAGAUCAACCACUUUUUCUGUGAUUAUUCACCACUUUUGAAGCUUUCCUACUCCCAAGAUGAUCUUGCUGAAAUUUUUCCUUCUGCCUCUGCUGGGUCAGUAAUUAUGAUCACAGCGUUAAUUAUCCUAAUCUCUUAUGCAUACAUCCUCUUCUCUGUCCUGAAGAUAAGGUCCACUGAGGGAAGAUCCAAAGCUUUCUCAACUUGCACCUCCCACCUCACAGCAGUUACUCUGUCCUAUGGCACCAUUACAUUCAUUUAUGUGUUGCCUAAGUCCAACUACUCAACAGAUGAGAAUAAAGUGGUGUCUGUUUUCUACACUGUAAUGAUCCCUAUGCUGAACCCCUUGAUCUACAGUCUAAGGAAUAAUGAAGUAAAAGGGGCACUGAGAAAACUGAUGAGUAGGAAACACCUCUUUUCAUGA